GGCCUAGGCUCAGGGCCUAGUGGCCUAGUGGCCUCAGGCUCAGUGGCCUGUGGCCCAGGGCCUGUGGCCCAGGGCCUGUGGCCUAGUGGCUCAGGGCCCAGGCCUAGUGGCCCAGGGCCUGUGGCCUCAGGGCCUGGGCUCAGGGCUCAGUGGCCCAGGGCUCAGGGCCUCAGUGGCCUGUGGCCCAGUGGCCUAGUGGCUCAGGGCUCUGGGCUCAGUGGCUCAGGCCUAGGGCUCUGGGCUCAGUGGCCUAGGGCUCAGGGCCUAGUGGCCUCAGUGGCUCAGUGGCCUGUGGCCUCAGUGGCCUGGGCCCUGGGCUCAGGGCCUGUGGCCUGUGGCCUCAGGGCCUGCGGCCCAGGCCCAGGGCUCAGUGGCCUCAGGGCCUGGGCCUCAGGGCCCAGGGCCUGGGGCUCAGGGCCCAGGCCUCAGUGGCUCAGGGCCCAGGGCUCAGGGCCUGGGCCUCAGGGCCUGUGGCCCAGGGCUCAGUGGCCCAGGGCUCAGGGCCUAGUGGCCCAGGGCCUGUGGCCUGUGGCCCAGGGCCUAGGCCCAGUGGCCUGUGGCCCAGGGCUCAGUGGCCCAGGGCCUAGUGGCCUAGGGCCCAGGGCUCAGUGGCCCAGGGCCUGUGGCCUAGGGCCCAGGGCUCUGUGGCCUAGUGGCCCAGGGCCCAGGGCUCAGUGGCCUGCCUCAGGGCUCAGUGGCCUGUGGCCUAGUGGCUCAGUGGCCUGUGGCCUAGGCCUCAGGGCCUGUGGCCUGUGGCUCAGUGGCCCAGGGCUCAGGGCCUCAGGGCUCAGUGGCCUCAGUGGCCCAGGCCUGCAGGCCCAGGGCUCUGUGGCCCAGGGCCCAGGGCCUGUGGCCUCAGGCUCAGGGCCUAGGCCUGUGGCCUGUGGCCCAGGGCCUAGGGCCCAGGGCCCAGGGCCCAGGGCUCAGUGGCCUGUGGCCCAGGGCCUAGGGCUCAGUGGCCUAGGGCUCAGGGCCUGUGGCCCAGUGGCCCAGGGCUCAGGGCUCAGGGCUCAGUGGCCUAGGGCUCAGGGCUCAGCUCAGUGGCCUAGGGCUCAGGGCCUGGGCCUAGUGGCCUGUGGCCUGGGGCUCAGGGCUCAGGGCCUCAGGCCUAGUGGCCUGGUGGCCCAGUGGCCUGUGGCUCAGUGGCCUAGUGGCCUCAGUGGCCUGUGGCCCAGGGCUCAGUGGCCUGUGGCCUGUGGCCCAGGGCCUGGGGCUCAGGGCUCAGUGGCUCAGUGGCCUGAGGCCUGUGGCUCAGGCUCAGGGCCUAGUGGCUCGAGGGCUCAGGGCCUCAGGGCUCGAGGGCUCGAGGGCUCGAGGGCUCGAGGGCUCAGGGUCGAGGGCCUGAGGGCUCAGGCCUGGGGCCUGGGGCUCAGUGGCUCUGGGGCUCAGGGCCUGGGGCCUGGGCCUAGGCCUGGGGCUCUGUGGCCUGGUGGCUCAGGGCUCUGGGGUCUGGGGCCUGGGGCUCAGGGCCUGUGGCCUGGGGCUCUAGGGCCUAGGGCCUGGGGCUCAGUGGCUCAGGGCCUAGUGGCCUGGGGCCU